UGAUAAGAAUUCGAUCAAUGUUAUUAUUAUUGUUUUUAUAAAAAUGCAACAUUUUCUAAAAGGACUUCCCAAAGUAGAGCUUCAUGCUCACCUCAACGGCUCCCUGGGCAUCGAAAGUUUGCGUGAUCUUGGCGAGCGUUUAUAUGGAUCCACCUCGCAGAAAUUUUUGGAGCUAAGCGCGAUUCGAUUUCAAAAGAAUUUAGAUGCAUGCUUUGAGACUUUUAAAUUUAUCCACGAACUGACCUCUACUGCGGAAGGACUGCGAUUGGCCACAGAGCUGGCCGUGCGGGAUUUCGCCCACGAUAACGUGCAGUAUGUGGAACUGAGGACCACUCCCAAGGAGAACGAGAACUAUUCACGCAGGGAAUACCUGCAGAUCGUGAUCGGGGCGAUCGAGAAGGCAAAGGAAAAGUAUCCGGAUACACUAGUCAAACUUCUUCCCUCUAUCAACCGAGCGGAACCGGUGACCGCGGCUGAGGAGACCGUGUCCCUGGCUGUGGAGUUGGCCCAAUCCCGUUCAGAUCUUAUCUUAGGGAUCGAUCUGAGCGGUAACCCAGCUCAUGGAAGGUUUUCCGACUUUGCUUCCAUUCUUGCCAAGGCUCGUGAAAACGGUCUAAAGCUAGCUAUACACUGUGCGGAGAUCGACAAUCCUUCAGAAGUCAAGGAAAUGCUGCAGUUUGGAAUGUCCCGCUGUGGACAUGGCACUUUUUUGAGCCCCGAGGACAUUAUUCUUCUCAAGCAGCAGAACAUACCCAUCGAAUGCUGUCUCACGAGUAACGUUAAGUCGGGAACAGUGCCCAACUUGGAGGAGCAUCACCUGAAAAGAAUAAUGGAAGCGGAUGCACCAAAGGUUAUUUGCACAGACGACAGCGGAAUAUUUGACACCACCUUGACACAGGAGUUUCUGCUGGCUGCAGAAACCUUUGGGCUAACACAUAGGCAAUGCAUUGAACUGACCCUGGAGGCAGUGCAUCAUUCGUUCGCCGGCGACCAGGAGCAAAAAGAGAUGGCGGAAAGGGUGGCAAAAUACGCGGCCACCUUGCCAAUAUAAGGGAAAACGAAGAUCAAGAUCAAAAUACUCCGAUACUAAAAAUGUACAUAAGACCAACCUUAAAAUCUUGUGGUUUUUUAAAAAUAUUUAAAAUUAAAUUUUCCAAUUUAAAUAAAAAAUAAAGUUCCGAUUAAAAUUGAUUUAAAAUUUCCAAUCCAUAGGCACACGGAAUUUUUCAGUCCAUUCUGGUUCUGGUUUUCCGUCUGUGUUUUUUUUUUUAAAUAAACGAAAAAAAAAUCUCGA